AUGAGUGAUUUAGAAAAUGAAAUUCUUGAACUUAUUGGCGGCGAGGGAAAAACUUCAACUGAAGCCACUACCUCUACCUCUACUUCUAAUAGAUCAGAAAAAAGAGUAAAAACUAAAAGAAAAAAAGCAUUAUCUCGUCGUGGUAAUUAUUCCGAAGAGGAUGGCGAUGCUAAUAAUAAUAAAUCUGAAUCAUUUGGACCAGAUUUAUAUCAUGAUGAUGUUGACAGAGAAAGGUUAGAAAAUUUACCAGAGUUAGAAAGAGAGCAAAUUCUUGCAUCAAGAGCUGAAAAAAGACAACAUAAUAUGGAUUUAAAUGUUAUAAAAAAUUUAUAUGAUGAAGAUGAUGUAAUUGAAGAAGAAGAAAAAUGA